UCUUGUCCCUGCAAACCCACCACCGUUCUUAUCUUUUCUCUUCCGUUUAUAAAAGCUCGGAAAACCCACUAAUAAACACUCUCUCUCUGUCUAUCUGUCUCUCUCUCUCUCUCUUCUGACCAGAAAAAGAAAAAAAACCUCUCUCUCUCUCCGAGCAAUCAGAGAGUGCUGGAGGAGCUUGAUGAAUAUUGAAUUUCAUUUACUCUUCGCGGAGAAUCCAUCGUAGACUGCGUUGAUUACCCUUUCUUUCAUAUAUAUUUAUAUACCAUAAAUAUAUCAUCAGGGUUGUUCUUCGUGCCGGUGCUAAAUGGGGAUCUUUGAGGAAAUGGGUUUCUGUGGUGAGCUUGACUUUCUUUCGACUACCUCUGGGGAAGGUGACGGCGACGGCGUCGACGCAGCUCCAGAACAUGAACCAGAGGCAACAGUAGAGGAGGAUUAUAGUGAUGAAGAAAUGGAUGUUGACGAGCUUGAGAAGAGGAUGUGGAGAGAUCGAAUGCUAUUGAAGAAGCUGAAAGAACAAAAUAAGGGAAAGGAAAGAGUUGACAAUGCAAGGCAGCGUCAAUCACAGGAACAAGCUCGGAGGAAGAAGAUGUCACGGGCACAAGACGGAAUCCUGAAAUAUAUGCUGAAAAUGAUGGAAGUUUGCAAAGCUCAGGGUUUCGUUUAUGGGAUUAUCCCUGAAAAAGGAAAACCAGUGAGUGGUGCUUCUGACAAUCUCCGAGCAUGGUGGAAAGAAAAAGUAAGAUUUGAUCGUAAUGGCCCAGCUGCAAUUUCCAAGUAUCAGGCAGAUCAUUCAAUCCUUGGGAAGGAUGAAGACUGGAGUGGAGUGGCAUCAACUCCUCACACCUUGCAGGAGCUCCAAGACACCACUCUUGGUUCACUUUUGUCUGCACUGAUGCAGCACUGUGAUCCACCCCAAAGACGUUUCCCAUUGGAGAAGGGUGUUGCCCCACCUUGGUGGCCUACUGGUAAUGAGGUAUGGUGGCCUCAAUUGAAUCUGCCCAAGGAUCAGGGUCCUCCUCCAUACAAGAAGCCUCAUGAUCUGAAGAAGGCGUGGAAGGUUGGCGUUCUCACGGCUGUGAUAAAGCACAUGUCACCAGAUAUUGCCAAGAUCCGCAAGCUUGUUCGUCAGUCUAAAUGUCUGCAGGACAAAAUGACUGCUAAGGAGAGCGCCACUUGGCUAGCCAUUAUAAACCAGGAGGAAGCUUUGGCCCGGAGUUUGUAUCCUGAUAGAUGUCCUCCUCUAUUGGCUGGUGGUAGUGGCUCUUUUGCAAUCAGUGGAACCAGUGAUUAUGAUGUUGAAGGGAUUGAUGAUGAACAAAAUGUUGAAAUAGAGGAUUGCAAACCUCAUGUUAAUCACUUCCACAUUGGUACUGCUGGACAAAGAGAUAGGCCGUUACCGCAGAUUAAGGGAGAGCUCAUUGAGAUCAACUCGGAUUUUGGUCAAAAGAGGAAGCAGCUGGCUGAAGAGCCACCAAUUAUGCUAAAUCCGAACAUUUACACCUGCGAAUACCCCCAAUGCCCAUAUCAUGAUUAUCGUCGGGCUUUUCUUGACAUAACUGCAAGAAACAAUCACCAGUUGAAUUGUGCAUACCGGAAUAAUUCUUUACAAGUGUUUGGAAUGUCCAGCUUUCAACUUAACAAUGAAAAACCUGCGGUCUUCUCUCUACCCCUUGGUCAACCAACACAAGCUGUUCAACAACCAGUGAGCCAGGCAGGUAGUUUUAAUGCUUCAGGAUUUGGACUGGCUGAUGAUGGACAGAAAAUGAUAUCUGAGCUUAUGUCAUUUUAUGAUAGUAAUAUUCAGCAGAACAAGAACUCCAGUCCUGGAAACCUCAAUGUUGUAGAAGGCCACAACCAGCAGCAGGCAGAAUUUCGUUUUGCAAUGAAUGAUAACUUCUUUGGUCAAAGGGUGGAUAUGGGACGCAACAUGUCUGAACCCACCCCCAUGCCUGUGGAUAUGGGAUGCAACAUUUCUGAAACAACCCCCAUGCCUAUGCAUCGUCAAGCUUUCCCAUCCACGGAAGUUCAGUUUGAUCAGUGCACAAUAUUUGACUCUCCAUUUGGUGACAAUCCCAAUGAUACUGUUGACCUAAGAUUUGACUCCCCGCUUCACUUGGCACCAGCUGACUAUAAUGUUCUGGACCCACCAAAGCAAGAUGCAUCCUUUUGGUUCCCAUAAAGUUGGGUUUUUCUUGUACUGACGGCUCCAAUACAUGUGUUGGAGGGGAGGCGGUGAAAGCUAUCUUCAAACAGUUGUGGACCGAGUAGGUGAAGCUUCCUUUUUAAGUUUAGUUGCUCAUUUUAUCUUUCAGACUUGUUUAGAUGUUUAUAUUGACUGCUCCAAUCUAUGUUUGGGCAGUUUACACAGUUCUGGAAGCAUUAGGUGAAGCUUCUUUUUAUGUUUAGUUCAUUUUAUCUGUUGGACUUGUUAGAUGUUUAUAACCCUUAACAACUUGGGGGUUCUCUUGCUGCAACCUUCUCAUCUGAGUAUAAGGUUAUCUAGUUGCAGUAUUGAGUAGGGCCAAUAAAGGACCGGAAAACCCCAAAUGUGAGUUUCAGUACUUUUGUUGAAAUGUUAGAAACAUUUUCCGGUUUCCGGUUCAAAUGUUGGCAUAUAGGUUAUGCAAUGUAUACAGAGACAUCUAUAUAUGUGGUGGUUUGAUAUAUUUAGCUACCCUUGCUUGUUUCUUUGGCUGGGCUGCAGAGAUUGGUUUCAA